AUGCUCUUAAAUUUUGAUACUUUUGGAACUUUACUACUCAAGAUGAUUAUUUUGGUUAUAAUUAUAGAUAGUAAUAAUAUCUGUACAUGCCACUAUUAACGGAAAGUAAGGAUGAGCAUAUUGAUAUGAAACUAUAACCCAUAUUGUGUUCCUAAAACUAAAUUGUUACUUUUGUUUAUUUCUAAUACCAGAAUAUUCAAUUGAACCAGAAUCAUUAACACAAGAACUAAGAAUUUUUAUAGUAUUAAAAAAUAUUAACUAAAAUAAUUAUGAAUUAUCAUAAGCCACCAAAUUAAUGAUUGUUAAUACAAAGAUCAUGAUUGAAUUUCUCUAUUUGACAUUCAUAAUUUAUUUGAGACAAUUUUUAUUAAUUUCGAUGGCAUAAUUAUUACUUUAUUUUGAAAUUUUUACUUGGUUGUGUCUUAAUGAUAAUUAAUUCUUACAAGACUCAUUUGAAUUAAUAAAGGUUGGAUAGAGAUGGGUCCAUAGCAACUACAUGAAAGAUCUAAAGGCUAGGCAAAAUACCAAGAGGGACGGUGAAUUGGUAUUUUAAAAAUCUCAGAUUUUCUUAUUGGAUAGUAGAUGUGUUAACACAGCUUUGCGUGAUUAUCUACAUACAGGAUUGCUUUCUCUCUCCUCUAGUGGGUUCUCACUAUGAGACAAGAACUUUUUAUAUUGGUUCGCCCCUCACCUGGUUACUUUCAGUUCCGGAGGAUCCUUCCUACCGGUAUUUCACUAUUUACUUCGGAAAUAUACACUGAAAUUAAUGGGAUCAACAGCCCAAUACCUCAGGUUUGACCUCUGCAGAGAUCCAGCCCCUUCAGGGCCAAACAGGGCUUAGAGCACCUAGUGCCUCUGCCCAAAAUCACUCUCCACUCACUACCCAGGUACCUUAGGGCCUAAUGGAGAGCCUCCGUAAAAGAUUCAAGCUUUAUCUUGAUCACCAAUCGUUGAUGAAGAAGGAUGAUGCAGUCUGCUCGCGGUUGAAGCUCGGCGGUGAUGAUUCUUGA